CCGACGGGCCGGGCGGGGUGCGGCGAGGGGAGUGCCUGCGCCGCCCCGCCCCUCGCGCCCGCGGCUCCUCCUCGCUUCGCCAUGGUGGAGCAGGGAGACGCGGCGCCGCUGCUGCGCUGGGCCGAGGGCCCCGCCGUCUCCCUGCCGCAGGCCCCGGAGCUGCAGGCGGGAGGCCGGGCCCGGGGCUGCGGCGGGGGCGCGGAGCCGCCCCGGAGGCGGGAGCCCGAGGAGCCGGCGCCCUCCGAGGUGCUGCUGCAGCCCGGGCGCCUGGAGCUGGGCGACGUGGAGGAGGACCAGGUGGUGGCCGUAUUUGUGGUCACCUUCGAUCCUCGCUCGGGAAACAUGGUAGAAUGGUGCUUACCUCAAGAUAUUGACCUCGAAGGGGUUGAAUUCAAGUCUAUGGCCAGUGGAUCCCAUAAAAUUCAAUCUGACUUCAUCUAUUUUCGAAAGGGGCCUUUCUUCGGCCUGGCCUGCUUCGCCAACAUGCCUGUGGAAAGCGAGCUGGAGCGGGGCGCUCGGAUGAAGUCCGUGGGCAUCCUCUCUCCCUCCUACACCCUGCUCUACCGGUACAUGCACUUCUUGGAGAACCAGGUUCGGCACCAGCUGGAGACGCCGGGACAUUACUCUCAUCUGGCUGCGUUCUAUGAGGACAAGAAAGGGGUGCUCCACGCUGGUCCUGGGAGAGGCAGCACCCUGCCCCCUGUCUACUGGCUGCCCUCCAUCCACCGCUACAUGUACCCGGAGAUGAAGAUUACACACCCAGCUGGCUGCAUGUCUCAGUUUAUUAAGUUCUUUGGAGAGCAAAUCCUCAUCCUCUGGAAAUUUGCCUUACUUCGAAAGCGCAUUUUGAUAUUUUCUCCCCCUCCUGUGGGCGUCGUGUGCUACAGAGUGUACUGCUGCUGUUGCCUGGCCAACGUCUCGCUGCCUGGCAUUGGGGGCACCAUCCCUGAGUCCAAGCCCUUCUUCUAUGUGAACGUGGCUGACAUUGAGAGCCUGGAGGUAGAGGUGUCCUAUGUGGCCUGCACCACAGAGAAGAUAUUUGAAGAGAAGCGGGAGCUGUAUGACGUUUAUGUGGACAACCAGAAUGUGAAGACACACCAUGGCCACCUGCAGCCCCUGCUGAAGAUCAACAGUGCUGACAGGGAGAAGUACCGGCGGCUCAAUGAGCAGAGGCAGAUGCUGUUGUACUCCCAGGAAGUGGAAGAAGACUACAACCCUUGUGAGGAGGACCUCUUUGUGCUGUUUUUCCUAGAGCAAAACAACCGGAUAUUUCAGACUUUGUUGGAGGUGUCUGCCAGUCAGGACAAAACUCUGACCGCAGAGCAUGCCCGGGGCAUGGGCCUGGAUCCCCAAGGAGACCGCAGCUUCCUCAUGGACCUGCUGGAGGCCUAUGGCAUUGAUGUCAUGCUGGUCAUUGACAACCCCUGUUGCCCAUAGGAAGAGUGACAUGGGACUGGUGAGGCACUCACUUGGGUGAACGUAGCCUGGAGUGCACCCCAGCACCCCAAUGGCCUCAUUUUUUUAUUAAGUUGACACAAAGGAAGAUUGUUUAUACUUUCCAACAAAUGUAAUUUUUGCAAUUUCCUUUCUUCCCUUUUUCCUAGAGGUAAUGUGAGAGGUCCUUGAUUUUGCAUCCUGCUUUGGUAGGACACUGGACUCUACCUCCCAGAGCUGCUGCUUUGGGUUUGGUCUUCAGAGUUCUGUCACUAGGAGCAGGCUGAGCUCUGAAAACAGUGAGGUGGACUGCUCAGAAAGUCCGUGUGUCUUUGUCCCUUGAUGCAUUCAAGAAGACAACCAUCUGUCCUGUGUGGCCUUAGAUGUUCAUCUGCCUGAGAGCAGAAACUAACCAGAUGACCCUUCAAGAUUGUCAGGUUCUAUGAGUAAGUGGUCUUGGGAUCAAAUACCUUUUCCUGAGGACAAGUCUGUGUCUUCCUUGUUCACUUGAAUAGGGAUCACAGAGAGGGACAAAGAGAUGUUUUUGACACCAAAUAGCUUCUUUAAGGACAGAAUGACAGGGAGAGUUUGCUUAUUGGUCAAGUGAAAGCUAAACUCAUAGACUGAAGCCUUGAAACCCUUCCCAAAGUAAAUUAAUGGUGGCCACUCAAUGUAAUGUUCUCUUUCUCUCUUUCUCUGAAUCCCUCCUCUUGGGUUGAGUUGGCAAAUUCCUAAGGGCCAGUAGUGGCCCUGGAGCUCACAAAAGAUUCAUUUUACAGUUUAGUCUCUUAAGGGCUAAAUAUUCUCUUGGAGUAACUUGGGUGUUUGUAAAGGGUAGAGGGGUAGAUGUUCAAGCAGGCUAGGGUAGAAGCUCUAAGUUUCUUCCUCUGGAUGAGGGUUCCCUGGAGGCACUGCCAGCAACCCUCUGCAUCAGACAGAUACAUUGGAUUCCUAAAUCUAGCCAGGACCUGAGCUGACUGACAGAGGUUGGAGCCUGAUGUUAAUAAGACUGUUGGCCACUCUGGAGCGCUCACAAACAACUCUUUAGCAGGCCCAGUGAUUGGGUCCUGAGACCUAAAAGAUUUGUAAAGAAAAUCUGACAGUGCCUUCUCCUAGGGGAGUGGUCAGGAGCCCUCAGGUGUCAGUCAUAAUCAUCUGCUUUCUUUUGUUUGGGGUACCGGGGAUUGAACUCAGGGGCACUGAGCCACAUCCUCAGCCCUAUUUUGUAUUGUAUUUAGAGACAGGGUCUACUGAGUUGCUUAGCACCUCACUUUUGCUGAGACUGGCUUUGGACUCACAAUCCUCCUGCCUCAGUCUCCCAAGCCACUGGGAUUACAGAUGUGCACUGCCGUGCGUGGCUUAUCUGCUGUCUUGAUGGUCUGGGAUGGGUCCUGUAGUCACCUGCCUCUUCUCUUGGGGUUGGGCUAUUUGAUGGCUUAGGUAAGAGGACACUUGUUAACCAUAGUCAGAAAGCCAGCUCCUGUGAGUAAAGUUUAGGUCUUGGGGUCAUAGCUAAGGCUUUUGACUUGGGACCCUGGAUUGUUGGUAAUCUAAUUUUUUCCCCUUCACCCUCUGCUAUUGGAAUAGCUAUCAAUGCAUCUGUCAGGCUGGUAUAUACAGUAGAGAAAGAACUUUCAAGUGAAUGGGGUCAUGUGUCUUAUAUCAAUUCUAGUUUCCUAGGGCUUAUUGCUUAAUUCAAAAGUAUUUUCACUAUAGCUCCUUGAUGCAGAAUUCCAGAGUAAAUAAAUUCACAUGUGGAAAUGCAAAUACACUGACUAAUCACAGUACCAUCUAUGUAAAUAUAUAAAUAAGUUUGGGCAUUGAAAUGUAAUCUGUACAACUAAUGCAUUCCCUCCUUUGCAUUGUGGACUUAGUCAUCAUUCCAGUAUCAUGUUUACAAAAGAAAACACACCUGUGCCCAGAGGCUGAUGCUUCAUCCGUUUCCCCUUUGUAUGCAGCCCCUCCAUUUGCCUUGCAGGGCUCAUGGGGACUCUCUCACUUGGGUCAGGAAGCGGCUACUUCUAGUGGUGCCCUAGGGUUCAGGGUUUUCUAAGCUAGAGGUGGGUGGCUAGAGACAGGCAUAGGGGGAUUCUCCUGGAAGACAGGUUGACCCUCUCUCUGGAUUUGGGGAAUUUGCUGGGAGAACCUGGACUAAGCACUUCAGCUCCAGAGCUUUCCAUACGUGCACACUUUAGUUGACUGUGCUGUUCUAACUCCAGGCUCGGAAGUCCUGCUGUAAAGACAGCAGGGUGAGAAGGAAGUUCUGUAUUUUCCUUUGAAUGGUGCCAGGGCUGUGGCAGCUGUCUGUCUGGUCUGUCCUGCUUGGGCUCACGUGGAGGUGAGGGUGUGAGUGUGGGAGGCCCAGAGGGGAGUGUACCGAGGCAGUGCUAUCUCAAGCUGUAGGGGCCUGGAUCAGCCGACCCCAGAACAGACCUUCUUGAACUUCUCCCUCAGUCCUUCUCUACCUUGCCAGCUUCCUCCUGAGGCCAGAAAUCUGGCACACAGUCUCUACUCGACUGAACAGCAUGUGUGUGAGCCCUUCACCGACUUGUUGCUGUGUAUCAUCCCCAGCUAUGACCUGGAUUAUGUGGAGCCUCUUGUUUCUGAGGUCACCUUUGAAGUUUUGCUUAGUACCAGACUCUGCUGCUCCCAUAGGGAAAGUUAGCAGGCAUGACCGUAUCAUUCGCUUCCAGUUCCCUCUAAGGGGGAUCUGUGAAGUACUAGGCAGGAAUCCCUCUACAGUGACGACAGAAGCUGAGAGCCACAUAGACCUGCUUUUCUGUCACUCUUUAAAUAUUUAAUGAAAAAAACACCUGCUUUUGUUUGUAAGAAGUUGGCAAACAUCCUUCCCCACUCUAGGUCUGUCUAAGCUUAGUAAAGGCAGUGUUACCACCACUGACCUCAGGAGCAGAGCUGGAAACUUGGGGUCUGGCUCCUGCCCUCUGCUGGUGACCCUCACCUGUUCCUGCCUAAGCCACCAGACCCUGCUGGGGGGAGCUCUAAGCCUGAUCUUGUGUCUCCCUGUGGACCACCUGCUGGCUUGUGACGCUAGGGCUGCCCAAUCAUUCCUAAGUGGAAAGAAUCCUGGUAAGGACUGGAAUCCAGGCUUUGGAUUUGUUUAUAUCCAUGUUAAGUAGGACAAAGUCCUGUUAAAGUGAAUGUUUUUCCAUUUUGUAGGCUCAGCAGAUGAUAAUGCUCAUCUUUUGGAACAAUGUUUAGUAGUGGCCUGGCUUAUGACUUUUUGUCCAAAAGGAGUCAGAUCCAGUAGGGCUUAUAUCCUACCAGACUAAAAAGUAUGCACCAAAUCAUUGAUUAGCAUUUGCUUUGGCUUUAAAUAUGAAGCUUCCUGUAUGUCUGGACCAGAUCCAUUCCAGUGUCAGCAUCCCACCUGAGACCUGUACAUUUCUGAGUUCUAAGUACAAUGAACGGGAAGUUCAUCUGCCUCCCACACCAACAUCCAUUUCGGUAUCUCUUCUCCUAUCUGGCUAAGGGAGAGAGCCCAAACACAUUGGCAUAUCUAUAGAAGUAAUUUACAUAGGAACUUAUAUCUUUAACUUUCCUUGUUACAAACCAUGUGAAAAUCAAAACAGGAAAGGUAAGAGUGGCACACAGAUACAGAUAUUGCCAGGUGUCGCAUGUGAAGGUCCAUGUACCGUGUAACUACCUAUGAUAUUUUAGCUACAAGAGAAAUCAUAGCUAAGUCAUUGUUUUCAUUUGGGUGGGCUGGGAGGAUGAGCUUCCUGUCUUGAUACACUGAAAGCUCUUCAAACACAAUAUAAAUGUGAAAUUGUUCACCUUUCCACUGAGGCCUUUAGGCCUUUCAUAAAGGGUGGUAAAGAAUUAAUCUUCACUGGCAGAACAUUAAACUUGGAGAAAAGGCAGGGACCUCAAGGACUAUUUUUCUCCUUUGAAAGUGCAUUGUCCAGGGAACUGAUUGCUUUCUCCAGGUCCAGUAUAGACCAUUCCUGGAGAGGCAGAAUAAUGAGUGGACGGUGUGGAUGAACGAAAUGGAUGGUAUGGAAGGCAACGCUCAGCUUGACAGUGAACAUGCAAGAAAAUAUGCAGACCAGCAUGCCCUGCGUGGGCUUCUCUCCCAAUUAGGUUCCAGGUUAGUGAGCUUGGGGCUGGAGAGUUAUCUGCUCCCCACCCCCCACCCCCAUCAUACCUUGCAGCUAUGCCCUGUGGUGAACAUCCUGCAGACCUGCAGGCUUACCUUGGCAGGGCAGGCCUCGCCCUUCUCAUUUCAGGAAAAUCCUUUUCUGAUUCAGGUGGAGGAGGGGAGGAGUUAAAGGCUCCUUUUACUCCCAAGCUAUGAGUUUUUAAUAUUCCAUUUUUUAUUACUAAUAUACCUCUGUUCCCAGGAGCUAUUGGAGCACUAAGUGUUGUGGGAAAAGGCUAACUGUGAAUUAAGUUAAUGUUUUUCUUAUAAGAAAUGGAAGUUUAUUUUUAUAUUGAUGUUACUAUGUUAUAAACUGAGUAUGAAGAUGUUGAAAUGGAAGGAAAUUUCAAAACUAUAAUCCUAGAAGAAAUGGGCAGCUUUGUUAUUCUAUAGCUGUGAGACCCUUAGAAGCGUUGUUUGAGAGAGUGAAAAAGGACAUUGUGCUGUGUGAUCUGAACAGCACUCCAGAAGGAUGACACAUGCCAAGCUUCAGCAGGACUCCAGGACAGAAGAGGGUAAAUGCGAUCCUUCUGAUUAGGCUCCCAGUCAACUGGAGAGAGGUGGGAAUGGGGGGUGGUUUUACAACUAGCACUUUAAUUCAUUUGGAGGGCUGGAAUUUAGGGGCAGAUGGGGUAAAACUGCAAAUUUAGAAAGGGAACAGGAAUUUUCUAGAGCUAUAUAGAGAUAUGUUGAAGAUGAUGAAAUAAAGCCCUGCUUUCAUCUUUUUAGAAUUUAUUCUAGAACUUCAGGAUAGCGUGGGCUUUUAAAGGUACUAUGACCUAAGUUCACAGAGUUUAUUUAGUACCAUAGUAGGAUAGGUGUUGGUUAUGUUCGUUAUACAACGCCUGUUUAGACUAAUAAUGAAUUUACUUUGCUUUCUAAGGACAGUCGAAGGACAUGGGAUAAGGUGGAGUAUUAUAAAUUGGUCAGAGAUGAUCCACAAAAUGAAAAAUCCACAGAGGUAACAGUUAGCUGGUUACAAGUACAUUCGAUUGACAUGAGAGUGAAACUCCUUCCUUUGGGUAAAUUAAGCAAAGUUGAAGUAAGUAAAAGAUUUCAGGGCAGCAUGAGGAAAAGUUUGGGCUUAGCACACCCAUGGCAGCCGUCAGUGGGGAAUGGUGAGGACUCUGCUUCUGAAGGGUCUGGAUGGGGAGCAGGAGUCGGGUAGGCGGGGAGAGGCACACCAGACGAACUUCCUGUAUUUACCCAAAGCUUGUUGGCUAAAUUUCUGUAUAAUCUUUUCUGGAAAAGAAAUAGUUGUAGUCCUGGAAAAUCUCUCUCUUUUUUUUUUCUGAGUUAGGAUCAGCUUACCUCCUUUUCCCUGUCAUGAGCAACACUCCAGCCUGAGUUACAGCAAUAAGAGCAAUGGAAUCUGUGUUUAAGUCUUUACCUCGAGAUGAAAUAAGACAGUUCCUAGGUGUUGCUCUCCUCUCUCUGUUUCAAAGGUAGUAAUUUAAAGGCCUAAAGAAAGCUGGUUAGUUCCAAGGAUAAGGGUAAAUGUUUCUUGAUUUUGUUCUGUGGUACAAAUAACAUCUAUGUAUAUCAUAUCUGUAUAUAUCUGAACCAAGUUGUGUGCAGAGAGGUUGAUACAACUAUAUUUACAGAAAAUGAUUUUUACAAUUAAAGUUCACAUUUUAACAUGAACAUGUGUGCUUAGUCCUUC